GCUAAUUUGAUUUUACAAGAAAGACGACUGGGAUCUGCUAGUGCUGAGCUUUCAGCUGCUCAGAAAACACUGGACGAGAAGCAAGCUGAGCUCAACAUUGUGCAGGCUAAAUAUGAUGGAGCAAUGGCAAAGAAAAGAGUAAUCAAUUUAAUACAAUUUUAUUGUCACCAGCGAUGUUAAUUUUUUCAUUUUGUUGUGUGUAAAAUACAUAAUGCACUCAAUGAAAUAUAUUAGGUACUUCAAAAUUAUAUGGCUAAGACUUUAAAAUUUUGUAUUAGAAACAGGCUGUGACUUAAAGUUUUUUUAUUCUGAUGUGUAACAUUAAUUUGAUUAAAAUUAUAAUUCUUUUACAUAAUAGUUAAUUACAGUGUUUGCGUUUUUUUUAAAAAGAAUUUGAGGCAUGUAAGAUUGUAAAAAAAAUUUUUGUGCCCAAUAUUUUCAAAUGCAUAUCAAUUUUAAAAAAAAAUAAAUAUCUGCUCUACGCUGGACACAGGAAAAUUCACCUAAAUAAUAUUUUUUUACCCAUUUGACAUUUGUUUCUAGGCUUUACUGGAAGAUGCCCAGGCUUGUCAGAGGAGAAUGGACACAGCUUCAACUCUGAUAUCUGGAUUAGGUGGAGAACAGAUCAGGUGG